GCUCUCCCCCAGCACGCCUUCAACGGAGCCAGCAAGGCGGCAGCGGAGGAAUGGUGUUCCCUCCUGGUCGGCGUCGAUCCGGCACCCAAGGCGCGCCACGACUUGUUUUGGUACUUGUCCGUGGGCCGCCUCCUCGCGGAGACUAUGGGAACCACAUCCCCGCUGGAUCUCGCAGAGCCGGUCAUGCGUGAUAUGAUCAUGACGGCCAUCAAGCCUGGCGAAAAGCCGUAUAGCGGCACCGAUGGGGAGAGCAGUGAUUUCCGGGGGUGGGCAGUGGCGCCAGCCCAGGUCGCCUUCGCGCUCCGCGUGCAGGAGAAAUGUGGCAAGAUGACGCCGCUUGCGCCGACCCCAGAGGCUACCCUCGCGUCCACGAUGAGGGACUACCUUGAAGCACAAGCGGCCUCGCAGAAACGUUCAGCGAAGGCCUUGUCCUUCAAAUUGGCGGACCGGGUCGCCGAGCUCGGCUUGCAGGGCUUUCCAGAAGACGGGCUCCCUUCGGAGGAGAACUUGGCUGUCUUCGAGUCCGCUGGCCGGGUGGCCAGAGAGAAAGGGCGUCUCUACGUCGGGAGCGCCGAGGGGGAGGACUUGCAAAAGCACUUCCGGCCCCCUUGGUCCAAGCUUCCCCGGGUCGACGUACCAGUGGGAGACGGCAGCGCCCCGGAGCGGCACCGCCAGAUGGCGGAGUUCAAGAAGGCCAAGGGGGCGAGCGAGCUGGACUACCCCUCGUACGCUUGCUUCCAGUCGCACCUCCUCGAUUGGGGCAUGAAGCUCGUGCUGAUGAAGGUCGUCGCACCCGUGGACGUCCUGGGCUACACCCUGUUGCUCAGCAAGCUCUCAGAGGUCAUGGCGAAAGCUUUGGAGAAGGGCGACGACCAGUGGAAGCGGUUCAUGCGCAAGCUUGACACCGACUUGGUCCGCGACGCCAAAGACAAG